CGAUCGCUCACGGGAAAGCACGGGCACGGGCACGCGGCCCUCGUCCCGACCCCCCUCACCGCCGCGCGUCGCGCCUAAAGCCUCCGGCCCGCCCCCAUGGAUCCACCCACCCCUCUAGUCUAGAAUUCUAGAUCCCUCCUGCCUCCCCCACUCUCUCAUCUCAUCUCAUCUCAUCACAUCGCGCGCCCAGCUGCUGCAUGCGCGGAGAUAUAUAGGAACAAUUGAUCGGCUGGAUUGGAUCCCUUCCCUUGCGCGUGGUGGUUCUUGAUCCGGGCCGGGGCCGGCCGGGUGACGCCGCCGCCUAGGCCUUGGAGGUAGGCACGCAGCGCAGCAGCAUGUGGAAGGGGAAGAAGAGCGGCCCGCUGACGCGGAGGGGGAGGAAGCGGGAGUUCCCCAUCCGCGCGGCGGACUACGAGCUGCUCGAGCCCAUCGGGGACGGCGCCACCGCCGUCGUGCGCCGCGCGCGGUGCCGCCCGCUCGGCGGCGAGGUCGUCGCCGUCAAGAUCAUGAACAUGGCGCAGCGCACCGAGUCCGACGUGAACAACGCCUCCGAGGAAGUGAAGACCAUGAUUAUGAUUGACCAUCCAAAUCUUCUUAGCGCAUACUGCUCAUUUACUGAGGGCGAAGCCUUGUGGAUCGUAAUGCCCUAUAUGGCCGGAGGUUCGUGCUACCACUUGAUGAAGUCUUCGUACCCGAAAGGGUUUGAGGAUGAGAACUUCAUAGCAUUUGUGCUGCGUGAAACGCUCAAGGGUUUAGAAUACCUUCACGAAAAUGGCCACAUACAUCGUGAUGUAAAGGCUGGAAACAUACUACUUGAUCAAGAAAAAGGAGUGAAACUAUCAGAUUUUGGAGUUACCGCGAGCCUUUACGAUUCAAUAAUUAAUAGACAUGGCAAAAGGAAGACACUUGUUGGGACGCCUUGCUGGAUGGCCCCUGAAGUUAUGGAGCAAAAGGAUUAUGAUUUCAAGGCGGAUAUUUGGUCUUUUGGCAUAACUGCACUUGAACUUGCUAUUGGUCAUGCACCAUUUUCUAGCCAACCUCCAGCAAAGGUGUUUCUCAUGACGUUGCAACAUGCUCCUCCAUCACUUCAUAACACAAAGGAGAAGAAGUUUACAGAUUCCUUUAAGAGUAUGAUUGCCACUUGUCUAAUAAAAGACCCAACAAAGAGGCCGUCUGCCAAAAAGCUAUUAAAGCACCCAUUUUUCAGAAAAGCAAAGUCAGAACAUAAUGCCGUGAAAUGCAUGAUAAAUAAAUUGCCAUCAUUGGCUGAGCGGAUGCAAACUAUAAAGGAGAAUGAAGCAAAGUUGCAGGCAGAUAAAAAACCUCAUGAUAAAUGCAAAGAGGCCGAAUCACAGGAAGAGUAUAGACGGGGUGUGAGUGAGUGGAACUUUGAUAUUGCAGAUUUAAAAGCACAAGCAGCAUUGUACCCCGAUGAGAAUGAAGCAGAGGACUUUUUACGCUUUCUAUUUGAACUUGAUAUUGUUGAUGAAAGUACCCAACUACAAGAUCUUAGAGCACGGAAUUGCCCAAUGAACGAUGAGAGAAUGAACACUGGUGAUGAUGGCUCAGGAAAAUCAAAUUCGACAAGUCCAAUGUCCUUAUGUCAAAGUGUGAAACAGCUUGAUAAAGGAAGCCCAAAUGGUCUUUUGCACAAUGAGUCAUUUGAAAUUCAUUCGAUGUCACCUACUAAGCAACUGACAAGAGCAGUUUCUACCUGCAAGGAUGUUGAUGAAUAUUUAGAGAAAACUGCUUUUCAAAAGGGUCGUUUUAAAGUGAUACAUGAUUAUAGCAAGCUUGAAGGAGCAACACAAAGAGAAAAGGAGUUGCUAGAACGUAUUAAUAGUUUAGAGAAAAUGCUUCUUGCCACCCAGGAUGAAGUUGAGAGGCUUAAAGCAAAAGAGGCAAAAGGAGUAGAGGAGUGCCCAAAACAACAAUAGCAGUGAAAUGAAAGUAAACCGUGUUGUUACCUAGGUAAUGGUUGUAAUGGUAGGAAGCAAUUGUAGUGCAUAUGCAUAUCUCUUGUUAUCCUAAGAGUGCACUAAGUUGGUUUAGUUGAUCACAUGUUAGAAAUUGUUAGUGUAUUAUGUCCAAUUUUAAAAUGUUGUUUACUUCUUUCCUUACUUAAUAGAGGGGUUUAUAAGAGAGACUUAUUAUAUAUGAUGGUCUAGAUUUAUGACAUGUGAUGUUUUGGCACCGGAAAUCUGAUCAAGAUGGGGCGAAUUAUGAAGAAGGAAUGAUGUAUGGUUAUAUAGGUAGUUGAUAUGUAAAGAUAUAGCUUACCUAGAGGUAUAAAUGAAAAUCACCUCGGUGGUGUGGUACGGAUGGAAUUUGUUUUCCUUGAUGGAGUUGUUAUGGUUGUAUUAAAACUUUCUUGAUUAUAGGUAGUACAUGAUUCUUUACUUAUGUAUAAUUUCACAUAGCUUAA